AUGGGCGCGAGCAUGGAGACCAAGUCCUCGGUCUCAGGGUUUUCCAAACCUCAUCACCAAGCAGACCAUGCACAGGUCACUUCUGUGCUCCCCGACGGCGAUGUGCCAUAUACAGACCAUGAUAUGGAUGCAGACGAGAGAGUGAUUACAGCCUUGGGUUACAAGCAAGAAUUCAAGCGCGAGUUCUCACUUUGGACCACUUUCUGCGUCAGCUUCGCAGUCCUGGGUCUGCUACCAUCGUUUGCGAGUACGCUUUACUAUGGAAUGGGUUAUGCAGGAACAGCGGGCAUGGUUUGGGGCUGGAUCAUUGCGAUGAUAUUCAUUCAAUGCAUCGCAAUGUCCAUGGCAGAGUUAUGCUCAGCAAUGCCCACGAGUGGCGGGCUAUAUUAUGCUGCUGCAGUUCUCGCACCACCUGGAUACGGACCAUUUGCUGCGUGGAUAACUGGCUGGUCGAACUGGAUUGGUCAGAUCACAGCAGCACCGUCUGUUGACUACGCCCUCAGCGCAAUGAUACUAGCAGCUGUUUCUAUCAACGACCCAGGCUUUGUCCCAACAACAUGGCAGACCUUCCUCCUCACAACUCUCAUAAUGAUCCUUCAUGCAGGAAUAAGUAGCAUGCCGACAAAGCGCGUGGCACAAUUCAACUCCUGGGGCUCAACCUUCAACUUCAUUGCACUAAUCGCCGUGCUGAUCCUCAUACCAGCAAACACCAAGAACACUCCCAAGUUUACACCAAGCAAAGAAGUUUGGAGCCACAUCACAAAUCUAACCGAUUUCCCCGACGGUGUCGCCGUGUUGAUGACCUUCGUGGGCGUGAUCUGGACAAUGUCAGGUUACGAUUCACCCUUUCAUCUGAGCGAGGAAUGCUCAAACGCGAACAUCGCCUCGCCACGCGCAAUUGUCCUCACAUCUGGCGUGGGUGGACUAAUGGGCUGGUUCCUGCAGCUAGUAGUUGCGUACACGGUGCUAGACAUUGAGGCCGUCAUUGAUUCCGACCUCGGUCAGCCCUGGGCUUCGUACUUGCUGCAAGUCAUGCCGCAGAAGACUGCAAUGGCUAUUUUAGGCCUGACUAUCGUUUGUGGAUUCUCGAUGGGCCAGGGCUGUAUGGUGGCUGCCUCGAGAGUUACGUAUGCGUACGCGCGUGACGAUUGCUUCCCAUUAUCCAGAUACUGGAAGCAGGUCAAUCCGCAUACGCAGACGCCCGUCAAUGCGGUUAUUUUAAAUGCCGUGCUCGGGAUUUUGAUGUGUUUGCUUAUUCUUGCUGGUGAAGUUGCCAUCGGCGCGCUAUUUUCCAUUGGUGCGAUUGCGCAGUUUUUCGCUUUCGCGAUCCCGAUCACUAUCCGGGUAUUCUUUGUUGGAGAUAGAUUCCGUAAAGGUCCAUGGCAUCUUGGGCCGUUUGGGCCAUACAUUGGUGGCAUUGGUGUCUCCUUUGUGCUUUUGAUGGUGCCGAUCUUGUGCCUGCCCAGUGUUACUGGUGGAAACCUGACACCAGAUUUGAUGAACUGGACUUGUCUUGUUUGGGGCGCUCCAAUGCUGGCUGUCACAGUCUGGUGGAUUGUUGAUGCACAUCGCUGGUUCACCGGCCCUGUGGUCAAUGUCGAACAUGCCAUUCAUGACAUCGCCCAAGAGCCUAUUAUCAGCGAGGGAAUUGAGCCUGAAGGACAAGGAACGGAGACGAGUGCCUUGCCCCGCAAGUCGGAUGAUCCAGAUAACCCCAUCUAG